AUGGAUACCGACGGAGCAGCUGUAGAUUCUUUUGAGCCUCUUAAUGAUGAAAUUCAAAUUCUUAUUAAAGAAUUGUUGUCACGAGGCUUGCAGGAUGCUGAUAUUCUAUUGAUUAUUAAAGAAAAACAUCCUGAUUCUCAACUUUGUAUACGUCAGCUUCGUCAAAUUCGGCAGCAGUUAAAACUUCCUCAGCGAAGAGAUAACUGUGAGAGUGAUGAAGUACAGAAAGAGCUUAUAUCAACUGUACAGAAAGAGCUUGACAGUGGAUUUAUUCAGGGAUUUGGAAGAGAACAUUUGUACACUCAUUUUCGACAGCAAGGGCAUAGCAUUUCACGAGAUCGUCUAUUCAAAACAGUUCAGCUUCUCGAUCCAGAUGGAAUUAAACGCCGACUAAAUGAUCUCCAACGUCAUCGAGGAUCGUACAUUGUUCCAGGACCAAAUUAUCUAUGGUCUAUUGAUGGUUAUUGCAAGCUUCAACACUGGGGAAUUGAAAUCUAUGCAGCAAUUGAUGCAUACUCCCGAUACAUCGUGUUGAUAUAUAUUGGAAUCACAAAUCGAACUGCUGCUUCUGUUCUUCGACAAUUUCUUGAUGUUCUUCAAGCCACCUCUACUUUUCCUCAGAUUAUUCGUUCAGAUCGAGGAACUGAAACAUCAAUGAUUGCUGCUGCACAACUCAAACUACAUCAAGCAACUGAAUCAAAUACUUCUUUGAACGAGUGCUAUCGAUUUGGAACAAGUACACUAAAUCAACGGAUUGAAUCUUGGUGGGGACAACUUGCAAAACAGUUGACAAAUUACUGGAGGCGCUAUUUUCUGAAUCUCAGUCAUACUGGUCUAUAUCACACCAAUACAUUAUCUGAUCGUAUUGCCUUUCUCGCCGUAUAUAUGCCAAUUAUUCGACAAGAGGUGACAAACUAUUAUGAUUUAAAACCAGAUUCACAAGUACUUUCAGAACUUCAUAUGCACUUUGAAAACUGGGAUAUUAAUGAGUAUCUACCACUGGAGACAAAGAAUUGGUGUCAGAAUCAGAUUUCAAAGUUGGGAUUUUCUUCUGGAAGAGUCACUGCUGCAGCAGUCAAUAAGCAGGGUGAACGUUUACAUAAGAUAAUAUAUCUUCAGCUACGAAAACUUGUACAUGAUCAUAUAAGAUCUCAACAAGUUCCUAUUCUACAGGAAUCUGAAAAACCAACUGGGGCUUGGGACUGGCUGACAGAGCGAUUGCAGGAGCAUGAGAUGAAUUUUGAUAAUGUGAUGGAAAUGAACAUCUAUGAUGAGAAUAGUGGAGAUGUUAAGCCAGAUGUAUUAUAG